GCACCUUGUCCUAAACGUGCAGUAAACCUUGAGCUUGAUCGACGCCUAUCGACCCAUUUGCCAUCCAAUCCCCGGCCCUCAUCCACUGAUCUCCACUGACUUAGUUGUAUCCGCUGCUGUAGCUCCUCGGAAUGGACUUCGACGAUGACGAUAUCCCGGAAUGGCUGAAGCCGAAACGGAACAAGCAUAUAGCUCUGCCUCAGGCCCUGCUCGAUGAGCUCAAAUCCGAUCCGGACUUGGGUUUCGACCGGUCGAUCAUUCACCACAUCGAUGACAUGAGUCUUGGUACACGCGACGCGCUAUUGAAGUGUUAUGUUCUGGGGGAGGGGGACCACUACGUGAACACUGGCGAAUCCUGGGAGGAUGAAGACGGGGACUGGUCUCUCUCGAAACAAUUCUAUCCGGGGAGUAACAGCACGUACCUCCACUUUGCCGCUAGACUCGGAGACGUGCCGUCUGUCUACGAGUGUAUCCGUCUCGGAGUCGAUGCGACUAGGUUCCAUUAUGACUUAGUCGAGAGGACGCGCUUAGGGAGCGACGCUAGUACCACCAUCGCGCACCUAAAGCCACGCGACUCCAGCCUCGGUCCGCACGAGGGUGGGCAUUUGACACCUGUGCGCCUAGCUUGGUACGCUCUCGAUCUCGAGUUGAUCGAACUGUUCGCGAUCCACGGAGCCGCAGAAGUCUUGACUCUCCCAGUAGACAUCGACAUACACUCAGGAAGGGCGCCGCUGUGGGCUGCCAAUGCCGCAAAGAUCCCGUCUUUCAGCAAACUCGUAUCCCGGUUAGCGAGAGAUGGGCUGCCGUCUCGACCACCGCGCCGAUGCCCCUGCUGGUCUGGCAAGCUGCUCUCCCAAUGCCACGAGUCAGGCUAUCAUCCAUAUCCCUCCGACUUCCCGUGCGUCUGCGGCAUGUCCAAGACAUACGCGAAGUGUUGCGAACACAGGAACUUCGAGAUCCUCGAGAAAUGGGACGUAGAACGUAAGCGCUUGACGGUGCUACGGCGCGUCGUCGACGACAACUCGAUCACGUAUCAGAAUCCUUUCUCUGUGCUCAGGGCGGUGACCGAGAUCAAGGAAGGGGACAUGGAGGAGGAGAAAAGGCUCGUGGAGAUGGCCAUCAAGCUCAACGACACCAUGUCUGAACAAAAGGCCGAUCCCGCUUUCCGCCAUGUCCUCUCGAAAUAUCUAGUCUUGCCUCGACCCAUGAAUAAACGGUAUACGAAAAACCUCGUCAAGACCUUGAGUGACAACUGGAAUGCCGCUGUUGAUGAGUAUAUUGCGCUCGGGACCGAUAGUCGUAGCGUGCUCGAGAUCGAGCAGGCCGCCAAGUUUGACUCCGAUUUCGGGCCAAUGUGGAAGAGUUGUGAAGCACCUGGGUGUACGGCAAUAGAGCGUCCGGGGGUCAAGAUGAAGUGUUGCAGCGGAUGCAAAACGACAUACUAUUGCAGCGCAAAAUGCCAGAAAACGGACUGGAAGAAACAUAAGGCCGAAUGCAAAGAAGACAGCCAAUAUCCGCAGGCGCUGCGAUCCCAAGUCAUCUAUUCUGCCAUCCUCGAUGAGAUUGUGAGGCCCUUGCACGAGGAAGAUGCAUUGCUUGAGUAUUCUGUUGAAGGACAGUCUUUGAGAACUCCAUCCUGUGGCCUGAAGUUACCAGGCUCCCAAACUAGUCCAGACCGGCAUCAGUCAUUGCUCUGAUAUCUCGUCUUGUCAUGUAUCCACUUCUACAGAAUCGCUAUGAUUCUUUGCGAAUGCAAAGCCAUGCCGGUUGUAUGUGUGUGAUUA